AACCACAAAGUGAGGGGACCGGAAGUGUAUCCAUGAUCGCUUCCUGCCCGCUGCGUUUGUUUACAGCAUAAAUGGUUGUUUGUUGUUGUUUUGUCAUUUCUUCUUUAUAAACGUGGAACAUCAGAACCAGAUGGACUCAAGGGGACCGUCUCUUUACGCCCCGGCAGACUCCUCAGUCGAUCUGUCACGCAGCGGAGAGGAGGACUCUUUGGUGGACGGACCUCUGAUCUCUGCUGACGCCCUCCACUCUGCCAUCAGGAGAGAGUUUCAGACUGUACCAACACCGUGCCAUGCCGCCCUGCUGUCUCUGCUGCAUGUUGUGUACGUGGUGUUGUCAAUGUGUGUGGCGGUGCUGUGUGUGUUGGAGUUAGGUCAAAAGGAGGUGUGUAUGCGUAUUUUGGGUAACGUGCGAGGCGACAGUGUCAUUGUGUUUGGGAAGGUGUGUCUAUGGGUGCUGGUGCUGUUGUUCACUGGGUGUGUGCAGCACCACCACGGCCAGGCCAGGAGCAGAGGAUACCUGCAAUUCUACAGACAGACGCAGGGACUGAAGCACCUGCCGCUCAUCAUCCACUCUGCAGGAAAUGUUAUGCUGCUGGUUGUUCUGGCUGUACGAUUAUCAUCGACUCUGCAGACCUACAUGCUGCUCAGCGUGCUGGGGUUGGAGCUCCUCGUGGCAUUACCGUGCCUUCUCUAUUACACAGUCCAGGUGAUGCGGUUCAACAGGGAGCGAGCGGCACCCGACGUGAGCCAGGAAGAGCAUUCACACACCUACAGUUUCACCAGCCUGCCGACGGAGACCGGCUUCAGAGAGGGCUCCAGUCUGCAGGAGGUGGUGGAGAAGCAGGCCGACCUGAUCGAGUACCUGAAACAGCACAACAUCUUACUGAGCAAGAGGCUGCUCAACCUCACCGCACAGCACUGACCACAGUCCGUCCUCCUCCUCCUCCUCCUCCUCCUCCUCCUCCCUGUGAACCAGAGCCCCAUCAUCUUAACACUCGGCUCUCUUCACACAAAGGAGAGGGGGGAUCUGUGGGUUUGAAAGAGACGCCGAGGAGUCAGAAGAAACACUGGAUAAAAGACUAAAAGUAAGGAGAUCCCUGUGCACACAAGCACUUGCACGCACAGACUUAAGACGGGAGGGCUUCUGCAAGAGGCACCUGAGAUGGACGGAUAACGCAGGAGGAGGUGAGCUGUAAGUGGAGGACAGUUAAAGAGGAGGAGGAGGAGGAGGAGGAGGAGGAGGAGAGGAGUCGUGGGUCACAGAUCAGAGGUGAGGGGUUUUUAUCACCGCAUUACGACCCCCGGUGACCCACGUAUGCCGCCGCUUGUGUUACUGAGAGAAACAGAAGAAGAGGUGAAACUGUUUUAAAGAUCAUCUGCACUAAGGAGGAGCUAAAAGAGGGAGAGUUGUCAAACUAAAGAAAGAGAUCGUGUAACGCUGUAAAAGUGCUAUUUUAUCUGUCUGGAUGUAUAAAUGCUUUGUUUGGUAGCAGUUUUUUCUAUCCGUUCAAUCACUGAUUUUGUGUAUUUGUGAUCACGUUCCAAUAAAUCUGUAAUAUACAC